AUGUCCGAAUCUGACCAGGAGCAAAGUUCUCCUGAGCCACUUUCACCAAGAACUGCUGCUGUACGUGCUGGUUUGAGGAGGAAUUAUAGUUCUUCAAGCGCUGAAUCUAAAAGUUACGAAUCUGAAGGUUCAAGCAACAUGGCAGAGAUUCCGAACAACAACAACAAUGAUGAUGGAGGAGGUGCGCUUGUUGUCCAACCAAGAAAACCCCUGCGUGAGUUUUCCAUUCCCAAAGUCACCGAUCAACCUUCAUGCAUUGUCUAUCCUCAACUCACAGUUGACAGGUUUGAGCUUAAAAGUGGUAUGAUUCAUCUUCUUCCAACUUAUUAUGGUAAUACCACUGAGGAUCCUUAUAUGCAUAUUAAGCAAUUCUUUGAAAUAUGUGCUACGAUCAAAAUUCAAAACCUUGAUGAUGAGCAAAUUAAGAUGAGGCUAUUCCCAUUCAGUUUAAAAGAUAAAGCUAAGUCUUGGUUAUACUCUUUGCCUAAUGCUUCAAUUCAUACUUGGGAAGAGCUUUCUAAUAAGUUUUUGAAGAAAUUCUUUCCGGCUCAAAAGACUAACAAGAUUAGAAAGGAAAUUCUUGGUUUCACACAAAAGGAAGGAGAAGCUUUUCAUGAAUGUUGGGAGAGGUACAAGGAGAUGAUAAGUUCUUGCCCACACCACAACAUAGAGAGUUGGAUGCAAAUGCAAUCUUUCUAUGAAGGUUUGCUAGAUUCCGAAAGGAUGAUGGUAGAUGCAACAAGUGGAGAAGGACUGAUGAACAAAACAGCAGAAGAGGCUUUUACUCUCUUUGAAUCCUUGAGUGCUAACUCUCAACAAUGGAGCCACAAUAAAGGAAGAGGAGCUCCUAUGAAAGCUGUGGUCUCUGAGGUAAGUACAAAUAAUGAGAUUGCUGCAAAACUUGAUGUUAUGUGUUCUUUGCUUCAACAGGCAGUGACCGGCCCUCUAGGAAACAAAGUGGAAGUUCAAGACCAAUCUUUUGCAGAGCACAUGCUAGAACAAGCAAAUGCCCUUCAAGCAAGGAAUCCUCAAAAUGAUCCUUAUUCAAACACAUACAAUCCGGGAUGGAGAAAUCAUCCUAAUUUCAGGUGGAACAACAAUCCAAAUGUGCAACAAUCUCAAGGACCUCCCCCAGGAUUCCAAACACAACAAAGGCAAUUCCAGCAAGCUCCCCAACAAGUGCAAGAGCAAAGGGGUGAUCAAAUGGGAGAAUUGCAAGACAUGUUCAAGAAGUUCAUGGGGCAACAAAUGCAAACCAAUCAGAACCUUCAAAAUGCAGUGAACAAACUAGAAGUGCAAGUUGGGCAGAUUGCAUCCUCCAUGAGCAAUAGAGCAUCCGGAACUUUUCCAAGCCAAACGGAGGUGAAUCCAAGGCAUCAAGAGCAUGCUAAAGCAAUACACAUCUUGAGAAGUGGUAAACAAGUUGAUAAUAAGGUUGGAGAUGCCAAUGAAGAGCAAGAAGAUGGAGAAAACGCGGAGAUCAUUCAGCCACCACAUGGGCAGCCCACAGCUUCCAACAAACAGUCCAUCAAUGCUCCUAGAAAGAGCACAGGCCCUAAGGUAUCAUCUAAUGCUAAUCAAGUUCCAAUUUCAACUAAUGCUUUUAGGCCUAUUGCACCCUUUCCCAGCAGGUUAUCAAAGUCAAAGAAAGAUCAAGGCUUGGAUGAGAUAAUGGAAACAUUCAAGAAGAUUCCAAAGUAUGCAAAAUUUUUGAAGGAUCUAUGCACUAACAAGAGGAGAUUCAAAGAGCAUGAACAAGUUGCAUUGAGUGAAGAGGUAAGUGCAGUGUUACAAAGAAAGCUGCCUCCAAAGCUAAAGGAUCCAGGUUCAUUUUCUAUACCUUGCAUAGUUGGUGAUUUUAAGUUUCAAAAAGCUUUGCUUGAUCUUGGUGCUUCUAUAAAUCUUAUGCCAUAUCAUGUUUAUGAGAAACUUAACCUUGGUCGGCCAUUCAUGGCAACUGCCGGUGCUAUUAUUGAUGUGAAGAAGGGUACAUUGACCAUGAAUGUGUUUGAUGAGACAAUAGCAUUCAAAGUGUUUGAAGCCUCCAAGUUUCCAAGUGAUGAGCAUGAAGUUUUCCAUCUGGAUGCAAUUGAUACUAUGGUGAAAGAAGCACUGCCAAUGAGUUAUUUGGAGCCCAUUGAAGCAUGCAUCACACAAAGCAUAAGGAAAGAAGAAGUGGACAGCUUAGAGGCUAUGAUCUCUCCUUUACUUCUUGAGCUUGCUUGCAGCAUGGAUAGCUACAUAGAAAUUGGAAAGAGGUAUGCCAACCAAUUUGAAUCAUUACCCCCACCUACUAAUAAGGUUUUACCUUCUAUUGUGCAGGCACCAGAGUUGGAAUUAAAGCAAUUGCCAAAACACCUUAAAUAUGCUUAUUUAGGUGAAAAUGAGACUCUUCCUGUUAUCAUUGCCUCACAUCUCGGACCAAAUGAUGAAAAUGGAUAUUCAGGCUACAACCAAAUCGCCAUAGCCCCAGAGGAUCAAGAGAAGACGACCUUCACAUGUCCCUUUGGCACUUUCGCUUAUAGGAGGAUGCCUUUUGGUCUCUGUAAUGCCCCAGCCACUUUUCAAAGGUGCAUGAUGAGCAUUUUCUCCGACAUGGUAGAAAGGUUCAUUGAGGUAUUCAUGGAUGACUUCUCUGUCUUUGGUGAUUCUUUUGAUCAAUGCUUGCAUAACUUAUCCAAGGUGUUGGCUAGUGAUCAUGCAGCAUUGAAAUACUUGUUAGCUAAGAAGGAUGCCAAACCACGACUCGCAUGCGGAGGCCAUUUUGGAGCAAAGAAGACUGCCAGCAAAGUGCUACAAUCAGGUUUUUUUUGGCCUACCCUUUUUAAGGAUGCUUAUGUUUUUUGUGCUUCAUGUGAUAGAUGCCAACGGAUGGGUAAUUUACAUGCUAGAAAUCAGAUGCCUCUCACCAAUAUCUUAAUCAUUGAUAUAUUUGAUGUUUGGGGAAUUGAUUUCAUGGGCCCUUUUCCUACCUCUUAUGGAUUUGAAUAUAUAUUAGUUGCUGUCGAUUAUGUUUCUAAAUGGGUGGAAGCCAUUGCCACUAGAACUAAUGAUGCUAAGGUUGUGAUCGGUUUUCUCAAAGGAAAUAUUUUUACAAGGUUUGGCACACCUAGAGCAAUCAUUAGUGAUGGUGGCUCCCACUUUGUUAACCAAGCUUUUGCAGCACUCUUGAAGAAAUAUGGAAUCACACAUAAGGUGGCAACACCCUAUCAUCCUCAAACUAGUGGGCAGGUUGAGAUAAGCAAUAGGGAGAUUAAGCACAUACUUGAAAAGAAAGUGAACACCACAAGGAAGGAUUGGUCCAUGCGUUUGGAUGAUGCAUUGUGGGCUUAUAGGACUGCUUAUAAGACCCCUAUAGGUAUGUCUCCGUAUAGACUUGUUUUCGGUAAACCUUGUCACUUACCAGUGGAGCUUGAGCACAGGGCUUAUUGGGCAAUCAAGGCCUUCAAUUUUGAUAUGAAAGCCGCUAGUGAGAAGAGGAGGCUUCAACUCAAUGAGCUGGAGGAGUUGCGACAUGAAGCGUAUGAGAACGCGAAGCUUUACAAGGAGAAAACAAAGCAAUAUCACGACAAGAAAAUUCUUAGGAAGACGGUUGAGAAAGGGCAGAAGGUUCUCUUAUUCAAUUCACGCCUUAAGCUCUUCCCAGGUAAGCUUCGUUCUCGGUGGAUUGGCCCUUUUGUUAUUACUAAUGUGUUUAAUCAUGGCGCAGUGGAGAUUCAAAACAUUAAGGAUGGCAGCACCUUCAAGGUGAAUGGACAUCGGUUGAAACCUUACUUUGAUGCCAACUUUGAUGCCAAUAUUGAGUCUCAAGCACUCAAGGAGCCUCCACCACUCUCUUAA